CAAUUUUUUUAGUUGAAGUUCAUUCCACUUAAUAGCUUGCUCCAAUCGAUUUUUUUUUUAUCAUGAAAAUUAUCCCAAGUUCAUACGAAAAAGUAGAAGUUCUUGAAGGUGAUGGUGGUCUUGGUACGGUCGUUCACAUUGUUCAUCAUCCAGGAUCGGUGCCAUUGUCAUACACACAAAAGAUCGUGACAGUCGAUAACCAUAAACGUUUUCAAGAGAUACAGCAGAUCGAAGGAGGAUAUCUUGAGAUGGGUGUAACAUUUUACAUGGAAAGUUUCCAAGUAAUAGAGAAAGGCUGUGAUUCAAGUGUAGUCAAGUCCAUGGUUAGAUAUGAAGUUCCUGAUGAUUCCGCUCCUAAGGUUUCUCAUCUCAUUACUCCUGAAGAUCAACUUACCAGGAUUAAAGCUGGAGUAAAAUAUGCUCUCAGUCUUAAGAAAUGAUCAGUAUCAACUUAUUGUAACAAUGUUGCUAGCCAACUUAAAACUCAUGCAGUUGGCUAAGUCUCGUGUCCUGAGGUCUGAGGACCUAGUGUUCUCCUUUAUAAAUUCCGUCCCGUUGUGCAUGUGUUCUACGUUGUUCCUGUGUGUGCGCGCUUUCAAUUUCAAUUGCCUCCAGUGGCAGGUGAUAUCGCACCUUUGUGUCCUUGUAAUGUAAUUCAUAUGUGAUAAUAAAUAAUACCUCCGCUUCUAUAAAAGAAAUAUUUUCAUUUUCUUCAGUUUGGCCUAUUUUUAGGCUAAAAUGAAAAGGUAAAAAUAUUUCAGUAACGAAGGAGCA